AUGGCUCGUACUCGCACUGGGGGUGCUCCUUGCACUAGUAGUGGUUCUCAGAAUGUCUCCAAUGAUGCCACGACGUCGACUGAUACGAAUAUUUUUUCCACUCUUGAUCAACCAAGUCAUUCUUCUACUGACGAUGCUCGGAAUCCAUAUUUUCUGGCUCACAGUGAUCAUCCUGGUGCGAAUUUAGUACCCAAAAUCCUCACUAGAGGUGAGAAUUACUGCUCCUGGAAACGUUCCAUGACUGUUGCUCUUCUUGCUCAGAAUAAACUGAAGUUUGUCAAUGGAAAAAUCACUCAACCUGAUCCCGACGAUGAUGACUACGAUGCCUGGAGUAGGUGUAAUAGCAUGGUCAUUUCUUGGAUUCUUCAUGCUAUUUCCAGUGACAUUGCUGAUAGCAUCAUGUACCUUGAUGAUGCCUCUGCCAUUUGGUCUGAACUUCAUGUUUACCGAGUUCUCACCCAAGGUAGCCACGCUGUCCAAGCAUACUUCACUCAUCUUAAAGCUCUUUGGGAUUUGGUUCGAGAAUUUCUCCCACAACCUGUUUGUACCUGUGGCGCAAUGAAGACUAUUGUUGCUUAUCAAGAGCAGGAUCAAGUUCUUGAAUUCUUGGUGGGUCUCAACGACUUUUAUUCCGCUGCACGUUCUUAA